ACAAACUUUCGUGGCUCACACAUGCGACGCGUUCAUCGCUUCGUAAACAAUAGAGUUUUUCAAUGUGUGUGUAGCUUGUUCGUUCGUUUGGUUGACAAUCGCGAUGUGAUGUAUUCUACAUCAUCGCAUGCUGAGUUAUAUUUUCAACAAAAUCUUUUAAUUUUUAAUUAAGUUACUUGAUUAAUUUCUAAAUGUUUUCUUUCGUUGUGAAUACCUUUCUCUGUUUUAAUUUCUAAAUAUGUGUAAUUUGCCGCCGAAGUUCCAUUCAGUGUGUCGCCUUUGUUUAUCAUUCUGUGGCGAUAAUUGCAGUGAUGUUAAACUUCCAAUUUUCGACCGUGAUAAGGAUAAAUCACGUCUUUCCGAGAUGAUAAUGGCAAAUUUGUCAAUAAUGGUUUCCCCAGAAGACUUACUGCCACAGGUAGUGUGUGGGAGCUGUGCACACAAACUUGAUGAAUUUCACACCUUCAGAGAGUUAUCACAUAAAUCUGAAAGGCUUUUGGAACAGUUUGUCCAGUAUGCAAAUUCAUUGUCUGGUCCAAAAGAGGAGAUUCUGAACAUAACGGCGGCAAAAUUGGAAGAAAUAAUCAAGCCACUAAAUGAAAACGACUUCGAUCACGACUCGAAACACAAAUAUGCCGAGAUCGGCUCCCCGGACUCUACUGAGGAGAUGAAGAACUUGGAGAGUCGGCAGGCGGCGGUCACACUACUACAGAUAAAAAAUUACGAUCCAAGUAAAUAUGCGGUCAAACCGGAAGAUGAACCUCACAUAAUGUUUAACAGUGUGCCGAGUUUACCGCCCUCGGACAGAGCGAGAGAGGUGAUGCACUGCAAUACCGUCAUCGAUAUUAUAAGCAAGGCUGUGGCGGUCGCGCAGAGGGAAAACGAAGAAUCUCAAAAGUAUCCACCGAACUACACGGGCGUGAUCGACAGGACGCAGUCGGGCGGCGCCGGCGACGGCUACCCGCACGACUACACGGACGAGCAGUACCCCGCGUACAGCGCGCCGCAGACCGCCGCCAGCCCGGCCAGCAACGACGACCAUGACAACAAGGAGAUGGACCUCUCCUUAUACGGAUCCGUCAAAAACGAGCCUAUCGAACAGAGCGACCAACAAGAACACACAAACACAUACUUCCACAACGUACUGCCACACAAGACGAAUUACGUUGACGAGUACAAGCAACAUGUAUUUGGUCGAAGCAAGAUGAAAACGUCGAAAGAAAAUUCUUCGGUGUACGAGGACUGCAGUCGAAGUAGUAGUGGUUCCGACCCGGACCGGCUACAGAUGGACAUAUCUCAGAUGUCGCAGGACGACCCUGAAGAAACGCAGUCCGCAAGAUCGGCGCAGUCAUCACCGCAACCGCCGCAGGAGCAUGAACAGGACAAGGAGUCGCUGUGGCAAGCUCUACAUCGACAAAAUGGUCGCAGCGGCGAAGCAACACAGUUACUGAGGCGGUUAAUAAACAGCAAACAACUCGGCAUGACAGUAUCACCAUUACGAACACCAGCUUCACCCCUCUCCAGUACUCUGCAGCAACCGUUAAACGGCGCUGUUUCACCGAAUGGUGAGUGGCAUGGGUCAAGUCGUGGUUCAAAUGUGGCGGGAACGGCACGAAGAAAACAAAGCUUCCCUGCGCGUGCGCAGCCUGUAGCGACUGAGCCGCCCGCUUCUAAUCCACAAUGGCCGCAACCAGUGUCUGAAAAUCAAGAGCCAUCGGAGUCGUCGGGCACGGCGGGCGGCGGCGCGGCCCGCUCGGGCCCCCGCGUGGAGCUGUCGUGCAGCAACUGCGGCACGCACACCACCACCAUCUGGCGGCGCGACGCGCGCGGCGAGAUGGUGUGCAACGCGUGCGGACUGUACUUCAAGCUGCACGGAGUGCCGCGACCCACCGCCAUGCGCCGCGACACCAUACACACGCGCCGCCGCCGGCCCCGACACGACGGGAAACAUACCAAGAGCAAAUCCCGCCGCAGCGGCGGCAGCGUGGGCGGCGGCGGCGGCGCGUGCGAGGCGGGCGAGGGCGCGGGCAGCGGCGGCGAGGGCGCCGAGGAGGCCGUGCUGGCCGCGCUGCGCCGCCAGCUGCAGCCGCACCUGCUGGCCGCGCUGCACGCGCACAACACGCGCGCCGCCAGGCCGCAUCGCGCGCAGGUCGGUCUAAACGCCCCAGAGUACGACGAGGCCCCGUUGAACUUAGUCGCGAGUCACGUCGCCGCCGCAGAAGAGACUCACUGACUGCCCUCUGUGAUAGCCACUCUCGCCCCGGACCUGCUCGCGUAUCACACCCAGACUGUCGUGCCGCAGUACGUAUGUGUGUACCGCAUAUCGACCAUCUCUUCCAAUACCGAGUGUUCCCGCGAAUUUUUCGCAACAGAAGCACAUUUUAACUCACUCUCUUGCUAAACAGUCGCCGUAACACUCGAAAUAAUCGAAAAGCAAUAUAAAAUUAGAAUUUAACAAUACAUGCAAUAAUAACAUUCUUGGUAUAAUAUAGUACUAAAUAUCUUAUAGUGAUAGUUCAGGCCAGUGUUGAUGACAAUAGAGGGAAAUACAUUUGAAUUGUUCAUUCCUUUCGUCCUGUUGUCAUAGUAUAAUAAAAUGAAUUAUUUUUAUAGGAGACCACAAAGUUUUCAUAUUAAAAUCUUCCUUAGAAAUAUUUGCUGGUAUAAGCUUUGCAUUGAUGCGAAACGACCGGUUGGAUAUCGGAACGGCAUGAAGCUUAGAGCUUGCGAUAUCUCGAUAAUAAUUGUCGGUAGUAAUACAGUUAUUACAACUAAAUAUAAAACAGUAUUUAAUACGAUAAUCGAUAUUACAAUCGACAACGAUUAUCUGUAUAUUCGAAGCGAAUCGUCGAGAUAGACGAUUGACUUAUAAUAACAGGGCAUUACGCAUUAUAACUUGGUUAUUCGGUCGCGGGAAACAAUAUACAUUCAUUGUACUAGUGCCUACUUAAUGUAUAGGAAUGGAAACGGUACCGCAGUGAAUGAUAUGCGCACUCCGUAUGUAUAUAUUUUCUUAACAUGUGAUAUGUAUGAUUGUUGUCAUGCAUGUGCAAGCAUCGUGCAAUUUGUGAUAUGACUGCAGAAUAAAGGUUACUUCUGCCAGUCAUAGAAUCUAUUCGGGUUUGUUCGUUAAACUUCGCACAGGCACCGAUUUCGAUCUGUAAUUAUAAAAUCUCAAAAACGAUAAUGACACUAUAUCGGGUUUUAUUAUAAUAAGCCUUGCCUUAGAAUGCUCUCUUUGAUAUUAUUGAAAUUAUAUUUACGGUUACCUAUUGCAGGACGCAAGUAUUCUUUUAGUUUUAGGUCAUAUUGUAAAUUUUAUUAUUUACGUAGUAGUUGUAAUGCUUAAAUUCAGUAAAUUAUAAGUGUCUAAUUUAUUUCCCAUUUCGGUCAGUAUUUACAAUGUAAGUAUUUUUUUUAUUUCUGUCGAGUAUUUUUUUUCUUAGUUAAGGUAACGAAAAGAUAUGGAGCAAUAAUGACAAGCAAUUAUAAAUCUGGAAUUAUCCAGAAUACAAUGUUGAGGAAUGAUAAAUUUAAUGAUAAGUUGAAAUUGGAAUAAUUAUAAAUGUUGAAUGUUUUGGUUUAUCACACUCCUCUACGUUAUUUGCCUAGAAUAUAUUUAAUUCUCAAAACUAAAGUACCUUGGAGCAAAACUUGUUCACAAAUCAACAAUAAAUCUAUAUACUCUUAAUUAACAUUAUAUAUUAAUGUGAUGUUGCCUUUAUACGUUACUAAUAAAAACCUGUAAUUUUUGGCAUUAUUAAAAUAGAUAUAUAUUAUGUACAUGAUAGUUAAAAGAUUUAUUUUAGGUAUUAAUGUUUCAGUCCAUUUAAUUUGUCGGGCAUUUUGGUCGUUAAGCGUUAGAACAAACCGUGUAACAGAACGUUGUGGCAUUAUAUCGAGUUAAAAUCUACCGGAUUCACCUCAUGAUGGUCAGUGUUAUGUGUAUAUUAUAUAGCAGAAAGCAUUUACGUUGUCUGUACCUUGAACUGGGCUGUUUUGUUAUUGCUUCCAUUCGACUUAUUUAGCUGUGAACUCUGUCACCGUCCUUUACUUGACGUCUACUUAAUUUAGUGUUAGUUUGUUUUAUUAUGGAAACCCCACGGGCCAGUAAAAUACAGCAGUCUUUGAGACAUUGUGAUAAUACUUAGCUAGACAUUCUCAGCUGUAACGUAGCUGAGGCAUCCGAUCGUGUGAUUCUGUUGCAGCUAAUCCUUCAUCGUUACGUCAAGCUUAUCGUAUUUAAAAAGCUUUAAACAUUGAGAUUAUUUAUUCAUUCUUAUUGGGAUCACUGUAUAGUUGUCGGUGUAAUGUGUACCGUUUAGUAUUGCUUACGUUUAUUUCGGAGUAGCUGUCUACCUUGACAAUAAUGUUCCAGUCAUUAUGGAACUGUGUUAUGUACGUAAAUUCUAAAACUGUCUCGCUCUCUACGUAACUUUAGCUCUCUGCGUGAUGAUAUUAAAAUUGUAAAUCUUUAGAUCUUACCCAUGGAUAUUUAUAAACUUCAAAUAGAAAUAGGGCGUGUUUAUUUUUUUAAGAAUAUAUCUUUGGUCGAAUUUUUCAAUCUUGAAAUUAUUUUUAAAUUAUAACUGCUUAAGCUUAAGUCAAAGGAGAUUUAAGUGUCUAGUUGAUUAUGUUUGUGGGCCUUGAUGAUAUUAUUUUAUCACAACGGUGUACCAUGUUGGUUCGUACUCAUUUAGGUAAUUUUAUACACGAGAAGUUUCAUCGUUUCGUCGAUAUAUUAUAAGGAACAGUGGUUAUUGCUAGUUGUCGCAUACCAGUUGUCGAUAGAGCAGGGCGCGCUGUAGGUGAUUUGUAACUUGAUCGUAGAGAUGUAGCAGCAAUCCUCGUCAAUCGAUAUAACCGUUCUAAAUCUCCACUAAUAUUGCUGCUUGCAGUAGUGAUACAGUAUUAUUUUAUUGAACUUUCUACUCUGUACAUUUUCUUAGGUUUAUUAUUUUUUGUAUUUUUGUAGUUAUUAACUAGUUUGACUUCCGAAUUUAAAUUGAUGAUUGUAGUUGUCCGUCGUAGUGGAAUGAUUGUUUGACUUCUGUGUUGUACGGCGUCGUUUGAAUAGUGCAAGACCAUCGCGUCGCGGCUGCUUUUCUCACUCAAGUCGACAUUGCAGCGGGAUACAGCUAUGAUAUAGAUCUUCCAAUUUGGUUAUUUAUUAUGUUAGGUUAAUUUAUGGAUAUAUCGGUAUUAAGAGUUGAUGAACAAUGUAUAUCGUCAUUUAGUUACUAACAAACCGGUUGUGUUGUGUGUGCUUACGCUCUAACAAGCAUGUGUUUGUGAUUUUGUUUUUAUUAUCAAGUCUGGCAGCGAUGCGGGCAGUACCAAUACUGUUGUGUAUUAUUAUAAUUUAUGCUGGAAUAUGGGCUUCGUAUUCAUAUCCUAGAAAUUCCAUUCGACAUUGUAUGUAACAUCGUUUUUCGAAGAUUUAAGACUGACAAGAAAUCUCAUGACGUCUUCUGUUUUUGUAAUCUCUCUCACUUGCUACUUCACUCGAGUUGUUCGAAAAAUGAUUAUGUAAAAGUAUUUUAAUUCAUUGUGAUAUAUUUUGUUGGAGAAUGUAGAUGUGUGUUUCCGAAAAGCAAUAACAUUGUGAUAAGUGGUGAUGAACAUUGAUUGUAUUUAAACUGAACAGUAAAUUCUGAAUAAUAUAGAAUGAAUAUUGUCAAUUAUAUACUUGUGUGCGCUGGACGGGUGAGCUCGCGGUCUAUAGAGUUAUGCUACGAACUUGUUUCGAAUAUUGUUAUAGCAAUAAAUUUGACGAAAGCAAUAGACCGGUAUGGUCAUAGCCUUAUAUUCAACUUAAAAUUAGCGAUAAUUAUAGUUAAGAAAUAUAAAUGUUGUAUUUACCUAAAUAUUGUGAGGGCACUCGUCCAGCGACAAACCUUCUUACAGGUAGGCUCAUCUUAUGUCAAAUUCAACUUGUUUACUGUAAGCAGGUGCACGUAGUCUGCUAUUGAAUUCCUUUAUGAAGACAUACGCAUAGUAUGGUGUGAACGUAAAGCAAUAACUUCCAAUAGAGAAAGCUUGAAGGACCAUUUGUUAUUGUUGUUGUCAAAUUACAUAACUGUAUUUAUAGUAACUUUCAGCAUAAAUUAUCCGUUUGAGAUUGUUUAGUGAUGAACACGUGACCGGAAUACUCAUUGUGAAACAUUAGUUAUUGUUGUAUAGAUGAUAAAUAAUGUGACUUACGCAGGGAUGGAUACUUAAAUUAUUAAAGUUUUAACUGAUAUAUUGGCUAUGUAGUGAGUAGAAUAUUUUUUUACAAAUAAAUUAUAGCAGCUA